UGACUGAACACGGAAGUGUAGCGUGCGAUAACAUUUAGUAGAAAAUUGGAAAGGAGUUCACUCAUUCUAUUGUGUCAAUAAUGAGAAGAAUUAUAGCCAUAGAAACCGUUGGCCUACUUUGUUAGAAAUCGAGCUAAACAGACUGUUCAUAAAGUUUUGCAGAAGGAUGCUGAUUUGACAGCUCAAAUUCCUCGCUCCUUGUGCCUGAUUGGCUAAAACAAGCCCGUUGAAAUUGGGGGUUCGCAUCGGUGGAGAAUGGCUAACAAGCCUGCUAGCUUCGUAUUUUAAUCUAGCUUUAAAGAACACCGCUAUAGCUACAACAUUGCCCUAAUUUGGAAGACGAAAGGCAGCAGCCGACCUUCCAAUACAGAGUCCGUGCUAGCCCACAAUCCAUUUGAGUGGAGUUCUUAUCUGUCUGUCAUACUGUUGCGCAAGAGAGACACAUGAAAAUUGUCUUAACUACAUAAUCAAGCUUGACAAAAGACAGAGGACUAGGUGUGGAUGACCCCUCCCCUUACGAGAUGUAACAGGAUGCUGAACCAUCACUGUAGAAGGAACCCCGAGCUUCAAGAGGAGCUGCAGAUACAGGCUGCAGUGGCAGCGGGGGAUGUGUACACUGUCAGGAAGAUGCUGGAGCAAGGCUACUCUCCGAAGAUCCGUGAUGCCAACGGGUGGACCCUGCUCCACUUCUCCGCUGCCAAGGGGAAGGAGAGAUGUGUCCGGGUCUUCCUGGAGCACGGAGCUGACCCCACAGUAAAGGACUUCAUCGGCGGCUUCACGGCACUCCACUAUGCCGCCAUGCACGGCCGUGCGCGCAUCGCCCGCCUCAUGCUGGAGUCGGACUUCCGCAGCGACAUCAUCAAUGCCAAGAGCAACGACGGCUGGACGCCGCUGCAUGUGGCUGCCCACUAUGGCCGCGACUCUUUCGUGCGGCUCCUCCUUGAGUUCCGCGCCGAGGUGGAUCCCCUCAGCGACAAGGGCACCACGCCCCUCCAACUCGCUAUCAUCCGUGAGCGCUCCAGCUGCGUGAGAAUCCUGCUGGACCACAGUGCCAACAUCGACAUUCAGAAUGGCUUCCUGCUGCGCUACGCCGUCAUCAAGGGGAAUCAUUCCUACUGUCGUAUGUUCCUGCAGCGGGGUGCGGACACUAACCUGGGUCGCCUCGAGGACGGGCAGACCCCGUUGCACCUAUCGGCACUAAGAGACGACGUGCUGUGUGCUCAGAUGCUUUACAAGUACGGCGCCGACACCAACACAAGGAACUACGAGGGCCAGACUCCCGUGGCGGUGUCGUCGAGCAUGUCGGGCAUCAGCCGGCCCUGCCUGGACUUCCUACAGGAGGUCACCAGACAACCCAGGACUUUGCAGGACAUGUGUCGGAUAAACAUCCGGCAUCACAUAGGCCUCCAGAGCUUGACGUUUCUGGAGGACCUGCCCAUUGCCAAGGUCAUGAAAGACUACCUAAAACACAAGUUUGACAAUGUGUGAUGACAAGAGUUUUGUUUUUUUAUAUACCACACGAACCAGGCAGACGGAGAACGUCGUUCUCUCCUUUCAUCAGACUAUGCAAGCAUUGUGCUACCUUCUGUUGUCUGAAGCCUGGAGGAGGUGCAGGACCAGGUUUUUGUACAACCUCCAGAGGUCACUUUGUAACCUCAGUUAAACACGUUGCCGGAUGGAGACGGAGUUUCUUUCUCUCUCGACCGUGUUUUGAACCGCGUUCGCAGCAUUACGUCUUUGGCUGGACGACUGAAUUGGAUGGAUGGGAACAGGUGGCAAUGUUUCAAGUAGGGCUUUGUUUCAAUCAUGAUGAAUGGUUGAUGAAGUGGUGCAGUCCUACUUCCUGUUGUGGAAUAAAGCUUGUUUUGAUAGAAAUUAGAUGACUGGCGAUUCGUUGUUGUCAUGGUACCCAUAAUGUAUGUCACAUGUCAGAUUUCAGUCCACAUCAUGCCAAUGAUUUUUUUGUGGAGAUGAAGUGUUCCUAUUAGUUUUCAUGAAGACGCCAACAUUUCUUUGCUUUGGUAAAUCUGGGCAAGUUGAGCACGAGAGAGAAAGGUUUGUCAGACUGACUUAUCUGGGCAAGUUGAGCACGAGAGAGAAAGGUUUGUCAGACUGACUUAUCUGGGCAAGUUGAGCACGAGAGAGAAAGGUUUGUCAGACUGACUUAUCUGGGCAAGUUGAGCACGAGAGAGAAAGGUUUGUCAGACCGACUUAUCUGGGCAAGUUGAGCACGAGAGAGAAAGGUUUGUCAGACUGACAUUCUUUUUUUUUUAUGUGUAAAACUUGUUGCAGAAUGGGUCAAUCUUGUGAUACAGCAUUUCAAAUAAUCAGGUUAUCAAAACCUCUUCCUAUUCAAGUAUUACAAAAGCUCAGUGUUGAGUUAACUCAAGCUUGAGUUGGCUAAAGUAGACCCGUUUUGACUAGAUUUAUUGAUUGAAGGAUUCACGAGUGAUACCGAGGAGGGUUUUCAGUAGAAGGAAGGCCUGAGUUUUCUACAUUUACAGUAGGUGUUCACAAGAUGAGUGAGUGAUACCGAGGAGGGUUUUCAGUAGAGGGAAGGCCUGAGUUUUCUACAUUUACAGUAGGUGUUCACAAGAUGAGUGAGUGAUACCGAGGAGGGUUUUCAGUAGAGGGAAGGCCUGAGUUUUCUACAUUUACAGUAGGUGUUCACAAGAUGAGUCAUCCAGCACGGCUCGGUGAAGUCUGUCUGCAAUGGUUACCAUGUACAGACAUAAACAUCGUUUAAAAAAACAAAUGUAAAUAAUUGUCAUAUAUGUACAGCAGAUAUUUUUCUAGAAUUAUUUAAGCGAUGAUCUUGUAUUAAUGUAUUGGAGUUUGUUGGAUGGUAUUGUGUGCUCUUGAUGUGACCCAUGUAUUGUUUUUCUAUGUGUAUACAUGUCUUUUAAGAGUUUUAGAAGAGACGCACGUGUAUUUUUUAAACUAAAAAUUUAGUUUAAACUUUUUACUUUGUGGGAGAUGGAACGGGUAUUGGGUUAAGAAUAAAAUAAGUGAAUUUGUGUUUAAAUGUCAA